UUGGGUAAUUUGAUGCCCCAAAAGAUUAGUGUAGGGUCGGUUUCAAAAGUAGAUAAAUUUAAGGAUAAAAUGGUCGUGGGUCUGCGUCUGAUAAGAUGUUCCAAAAAUUGCCGUGGUUAUGUUUACAGAAAUAUCUUUAGUGGCGCAAGACAGUAUAACAAUGGAUGGCCCACGAACUAUUUCAAGAAAAUUGCAGCUAACGUUUGCAUAGCAACUGGAAUAGGGGUUAGUGCUUUGACUCUCUAUACCCUGACCGCGGAGUGUAAACAGUCCCCGCAGACAGAGGAGAAAGAGAGCACGGCUGAUGCUAUGAAAGUCCAACAGAAGCAACUGUCCCUGGAAGAAACAAUAGAAAGGGCCAGAGAUAUUGUACAACGGGCAAAGGAUGAGACUGGGAGCCCAGGUUUGGUGGUAGGUGUCAGUAUCAAUGGAAAAACUGUAUGGGCAGAAGGUCUGGGAUAUGCAGACAUAGAGAACAGAAUCAAGAUGUCUCCUGAGACAGUUCUUAGGAUUGCCAGUAUCAGUAAGCCCAUCACCAUGGCAGCAGUUGCUAAGCAGUGGGAGUUGGGCAAACUCGACUUGGACAAACCAGUGCAGUUUUAUGUACCAUCCUUCCCAGAGAAAGAAAUCAAUGGUAUCAAAGUAAAUAUAACAACUCGCCAACUUGUAUCUCAUAUGGGAGGGAUUCGUCAUUACCGCAAGAACUAUUUGAAAAAAAAUAAGGAAACUGAUGAGAAGGCCAAUGCAAGCAAGAAUACUGGACAAAAAACCAAAAACAAAGCAGAGGAGCAGUUGACGGAGAUGGAGCUGGAUGAAUAUUUCAUAACAAAAUCAUUCCAAAGUGUGACAGAGAGCUUAUCUUUAUUCAAGGAUGACCCACUGGUCCACAGUCCAGGGAGCAAGUUCUUGUAUUCAUCACAUGCCUGGACCUUGAUAAGUGCAGUUCUAGAGGCUGUGGUCAAAGAACCUUUUGAGAAACACAUCAUCAAAAUGGCAAAAGAACUAGGAAUGGACCACACCUACCUAGAUGAAAAUUCUCCCCUUAUUUACCACAGAGGAAGACAUUAUAUGAAGGACAAAUCAGGAAAGAAAUUGAUAAAUUGCCCAUACGUAGACUUGUCUUAUAAAUGGGCCGGAGGAGGCUUGCUAUCCACUGUCAGUGACCUUCUGCAAUUCGGGAAUGUCAUGUUAUACAGUUAUCAAAUUCCUAGUUCCUCAUCCAAACAAAACAGUGCCAAAAACUCGGCUGUUAACCAGAACAAUACUGUCAAACCGGGCUUUCUGAAGCCAGAAACAGUGAAAUCCCUGUGGGCACCUUUGUAUAAAUAUGGGAAAAAAGAUGACAUUUUCUAUGGCAUGGGCUGGUUUGUGAAUGAAGAGAACCAAAAGUAUGGCCAAGGAAAGCAGACUAAAUUCUGUGUCUCCCACACAGGGAAUGCUGUGGGGGGAAGCAGUGUUCUUUUGAUUCUUCCACCAUCGUCCAAAGCUAUGGAUAAUCCACCCAAAGGCGUGGUUGUAGCCAUUAUUGUAAACAUGAUCUCAAUAAACCUCGAUCCUGCUGCGAGAGAUGUAGCAGAAUUGUUUGAAAACUACUACCUCGGACAAGAUGAAUCUGCAUAAGAUAAAGCAUAAUAUACAAGGGUAUAUGUUAAUUUAUAAAUUGCUAUGACUGGUGUAUGUUUGACAGAAGUAAAUAUGAAUGAUUGGUUUCUAUAUACAGGUGUAUAAAUAUAUUUGACAUCAAAUUGUAAUUUCUAAAUUUUCUAUAAACCAUGUCUCUUUUCUUGACUGAACAAAUUUAUUUUUAUCAUAUUUAAUAUUAAGAAAAAUAUUUCCUGGAAUGUAAAAUCUCUAAUUAUUGGUUAAAAAAACCAAACUAAUAAGUAUUGUUUUAUAUUUAAACCAGUAUGGGAGUAACAUUGUAUGAUUGUUACACAUUGAUUGAUAUUAUACUGAUUAUGAUACUUGCAAUAAAAGUUUUUUCUAAUUAGUACUUGAAAUGAUGUAUAUUUGGCUAAUGGUUUAGCAGAAAUAAGCUACAACAUGUACUAUAAAUCUGUAAUAAGUACAGAAGAAAUGACUAUACUGGCUGAUUUUAAAUGGGCAAGCUUAGACUUAACACCGAGUCAGAUGGAAGGUAAAAUGGUCAACACAAGCUAGUACAUGUACAUUCAGUGAUAAAAACAGACCUCUCCAGUCAGGCAUGGGAGAACAUUUGUCAACCAAAUGUAAUUUACCUUGUGUUUCAAAAUUGGAUCAAUUUGCUCUUUAGUUGUUCACAUUGAUUUUAAAUAGAGUAUUAGGUCUCUCCUAUGCUUCUUUGGUCAGUAAAUGAAUUUUUGUCAUGAACUGUAUGGACCCAUUUCUGGAAUAUGCAGGUCUGUAGUUCCUGAUCUGAAAAUGUGACAUCCCAGGUUGUCCAUCCUAAUUUUUUCAGACCAGGAGCUACAGACUUGCUGCUACAUUUCUGGGUGUUUCUAUGCUAAAUAUUUGCCCCUUUUUAUUUUCACCCCUUUUGCCCUCAUUGCAACCAGAUGAAUUUUGAUUGGGUGAAGUCAAAUGUCUCAAAUUAUCUCUCUUCAAACACAUAUGUGUCUGGGCAAAUUCAAGGUGGGGAAAAAGACGAAAAUUACACGGAGUGAAAAUAAACCUGUUUACAGUAUUUAGCUCACCAUUACCAAAACUCAUGCAAGCACUGAUGCCCAUGGGCCUUUUUAGAUGCUUAUUUUUCACUUAAAAAUAGUUUGCCUUCCCACAAUGCAGCUUUUGCCUUUUGGUUCAUUCCAGUUUAGUCUGCAAGUGCUUUGCUGUUAAGUUACAUGGAAUGAAUGCUCAUUGAAGUUUAUAAUAUUCAUUUCUUGCAACCACAAUCAAAAUAGUCUCUAUUGUAUUUCUUUAGUUUUUAUUCGACAUUUUGAAAUAAAACUCUCUGUAAACAUUAAUGUUGGAAUCAUUUUUAAUAAAUAUACUUGUAAAAAUCAUGAAGCACAUAAAUAAACAGUAAAUAAUGCUGUAAUAUCAAAAGUUAUACAUGUUAAAAUCACAACAUUCAUGGCAAGAUUGUUAAAUCUGCGUAGAAGAUACCAGCUCCACACUUUGUUGUGAAUAAAAUACAGUAUUGUACCAUUACACUGUUAAUAAAUUCAAAAGUUAUGAGUAUAUGUAUUUUACUCUUUAUGUUUUGUUACAAAACCC